CCGCAGUGUUGAGCGAAAGCGGCCGUGCGUUCGUAAAAUCAGCAAAAUGGCCCUUUCAAAAUAUGCCAUUUUUUUAGCCGAUUCAAGUCCAUUUUUCGCACAAGAUAUACUAGAGAAUACUAGAAACAGAGAACCAACUGAGCCUCACACCGACGCCAACAGACUCAGGUUGCCGGAGGGAUAUUAUGAAAAUAUACGGAAGUCUAAAAAUAAAUUUAUUGGGUAUACAGGAGUGAGCAUAAAGGUAUUCGACUACAUACUGGGCCAGCUGGAUCAUCGUUUAAGAUGCGACAAUCCUAACCGACUGAUAUAUGCAACAGAACCCCAGGAAAAGCUAUUUCUGACUUUGAGGCACCUAUUCACUGGGAUUUCACUCUAUACAUUAGCACCUAUUCACCAUGUAUGUUCUUCUUCGGCUAACAACAUUAUGUAUGAAACAUGCAACGCCAUAAAUGACAUAUUGCGACCGCUGCAUAUGCCGAGACCUACCAAAGAUCGAUUGAAAUUAGUAGCUGAACAAUAUUGGCAGAAGUUUAAAUUUCCCAAUUGUGUAGGAGUAAUUGAUGAACGAAUUCUUAAGGGGAAAAAAAAAUUACCAUGUAACCCUAAGCCUCACUUAAAAAAACAUGCAUCGUAUGCAGUUCACGCCAUAGUAGACGCAAAUUAUAAGUUCUUAGCAGUAGAUGUCAUCGGUAGGGAAAACAUCAAAGAAGAAACGUUCUGCGGUUCAGAUUUAAACCGACAAUUACGAGACAAGGAAUUUGAAUUCCCCCCUCCACAAAAGUUGCCUAAUUCGAAUAAGAUUUUGCCAAAUGUAAUCAUAGGACACCGAAAUUACCCCUUGAGGCCUUACCUGUUACGCCCGUUUUUAACGAGCAACCAUACUGUAGAAAUGAUAAAAUUUAAUAAACUACUAUUGAAAACAAAAAAAACCAUCGAUUAUGCAUUCCGAAUUUGGUUCAAUAAAUGGAGGAACUAUUUGAACCAAGAGCAGGUAAAAACUACUUUAAACACCAAACUUGUUGUUGAAACAUUAUGUGUUUUACACAAUGUGGUUCGCGACAUUGAUGGAAAUGAUGAUAUUCAUUACAAAAGAGCUAUGAAAACGCCUAUCAAAGUAAAUAUAAGAGAUAUAAAAAAAUAUAAAAAGAAUAAUCGAACACAAUCACAUGCACAGGCCACUCGUGACUCCUUUCUGGAAUACAUAGCAACUAUACCAUUGCAAGAAGAAGAACAGCACGAGUCAAACUUGGAAAUAUCGACUACCUCAGAUGAGGAUUGAACCCGUCGUCGUGGGAUUGCUUUUUGUCAAGAUUUAAAUCAGCAUCAUAGCAAAAAUCCUGAUACUAUAUUACUGUCUGAUUAUUUUCAAAAAUAAAGAUUUUCUUACUGUGAAAUAAUG